CAAACAAAUUGUGCCCAUAAUUCAAUUUCUAAUAUAUUUCUUACAUUUUUCACAUAAAAAAGUUCCCAAAUGCUCGGAAAACCACACCAAGCUAUAUAGUUUCCACAUCGUCCUUCCAUUAGGAUUCGCAUUAGUUAAGCCGGGCAAACCCGAAUGGAGAAGAUUCAGUAGAUGGAUUUUUGGCCGGAGUUUCUUGCAAGCAGUUGGGGCAAAGAGUUUCUGGCCGGUGGAUUUGGGGGAAUCGCCGGAAUUGUCGCCGGAUACCCUCUUGACACCGUUAGAGUCAGACAACAAAACUGUCAAGAGGUGGGUUCUGCGUUUAGCAUCCUCAAAAAUAUUGCAGCUAAAGAAGGCCCACUUUCUCUUUUUAGAGGCAUGGGUGCGCCUCUUGCCACUGUUACCUUUCAGAACGCAGUGGUCUUUCAAAGCAAUGCCACACUGUCGCGAGCAUUGGACUCCUAUAGAUCCCCCACAGUACCUCCUUCAUAUGGAAGUGUUGCAUUAGGAGGCACCGGAGCCGGUGCCAUACAAAGCUUCGUGGUAACUCCUAUUGAACUAGUAAAAAUCCGAUUACAACUACACGAACAAUCAGAAAGUGGUCCACUAAGCGUCGCUAAAAACAUCAUGAGAACCGAAGGUUGGAAAGGUUUAUUCCGAGGGUUAACCAUCACGAUCAUAAGAGACGCACCUUCAUACGGUGUCUAUUUUUGGUCAUACGAAUACACGAGAGAGAAAUUCCACCCGGGGUGUCGGCAAAGUGGUCAAGAGAGCUUCAAAACAAUGAUUGUCGCCGGAGGUCUCGCCGGAGUUGCUAGUUGGCUAUGUUGUUAUCCUGUAGAUGUGGUUAAAACUAGACUUCAAGCUCAAACACCGAAUUCUUCGGUGAAGUAUAAUGGAAUUGUUGAUUGUUUUUGGAAGAGUGUAAGGAAAGAUGGUAUGGGUGUGUUGAUUCGUGGAUUUGGAAGUACGGUAUGUCGAGCUUUUAUUGUGAACGGGGCUAUUUUCACGGCUUAUGAAUCGGCUUUGCGAGUAUUGAAUAAUACUGAUGAUAACAUUAACGAUAAUAACUAAGCGGUUUUUUAGAAAUACACGGAAACCCGCGUCCGAAUGAUGGAAAUUUGACACCUGGAAUCGAAAUCCUAGAGCAUAAGAAGCUCUAGUCAUCAGGAGGAUUAGUUGUUGUUCAUUGCAAGUUAGUGUGCAACAUAUGUAUAUAUAGAUAACAAAUGUAAAGAAAUGUUAACUUGAGAUAAUUGUGGUAAGGUCAUAGUUAUACCCAAUUUAUGAUUGAUCCAAGAAUUUUUAUUAUAUGUUCUUAUCAAUGAAUUGAAGUCAAGAUUCGGG